AUGUCCAAUCUGGUCACAGAAUUGGACCAUUACAUUCCAGAAAAUGCACAUAAAUACAGUUGGAUCAGAAACCCAUUCAACAUUGAAGCUGAAGACCUACCUGAGGAAAUGUCAAACAUCAACAACCUACAGGAGCAGCUCAUUGAGAUCCAGAGUGAUGAAGCACUUCAUUAUGAUUUUAAAAGGCAACAUGAAUCACUAAGCUCAUUUUGGAUAAAAGUGUACAAGGAAAAACCAAUUCUUGGAGGUGAAGCCAUGAAAGCCCUCCUUCCAUUUGCUACAACAUAUUUGUGUGAGGCAGGAUUUUCUGCCCAGACAGUCACAAAGACCAAGUACAGAAACCGCCUACAACCUGAGGAUGAUCUAAGAUGCAGUCUAACAUCAAAAUCACCCAGAUUUGAGGAGCUGGUCAACACACUUCAGUGUCAAGGUUCUCACUGA